AUGUAUGAUAUAUAUAAAGGAUUUUUCAAUCUUAAUAAACGAUUUGAAAAUUUAAUUAUUAAUUCAAAUUUUUUACAUAAAAUAAAUAUUUCAAAAAUAUCAAAAAAUGAUUUCAAAAAUUUUUAUAUCAAUAUUCUUAUACCAAAUAGAUAUCGAAUUAAUUUACUUCGUUUAUCAAAUCCAUUUGUUGUCGAGAUUAUUUUCUCACCACCACGUAUGGUUUUACAAUUUAUUCAUCUUGAAAAAUUAGUUCUUGAUAAUAUACAAAUGAAAUAUUUACGUAAAAUUUUUGAUUAUUUAAUGUAUUUACCAAAGUUUCAUUCAUUAACUAUUUCAAUCGGUGAUUAUAUUGAAUCAAUAAAUUGUCUUUUUUCUGAUUUAUUCAAUUUAUUGACAUUAAAAUAUUGUAAAAUUGAAUAUGAAACGAAAAAUUAUGAACAUUCAUUAUCUCUUUAUUUUCCUAAAUAUGAUUCUAGUUCAAUUCAAUAUUUGAUAAUAAAUGGUCGUUUUUCAUGCAAAUCAUUAAAUAAUUUAUUAUGUUCUCUUCCUAAACUUCAUCAUUUAUCGAUUAAAUCUCUUGUUCAUUCUCGAGGUUAUUUAGCAAUAGAAGAUUUAUCUCCUAUUCAAUUAAAAUAUUUAAAAUAUGUUUCACUUAAAUUUGAUUGCAUUUAUUUUGAUAACAUUGAAAAAAUUUUUAAAGGAUUUUUUCAUUAUGUUCAAAUUUUACGUCUUACAAUAAAAUAUGAUGAAGCAUAUUUAGAUGCUCAACGAUGGGAAAAAUUAAUUAUAUCUUAUUUACCAUAUUUACGUAUUUUUGAUAUAAAUCAUCAAAAUUCUAUGAUAAAUAAUAAUUUAACAUAUCAUGAUACAAUAAAUCAAUUUAAUUUGUCGUUUUGGACUAAAAAAAAGUGGUUUUUUACACAUCAACAUAAUUGGACAAAACGUUUAAAUACUGGAGUUUUUUAUUCAACAAAUCCAUAUAGUAAACAAAUAACAAACAUUUAUCUAAAUUAUUUUCCAAAUGUUACUCAUUUAACUAUAAAACAUUAUUUUCAAACAUCAGAUGAUUCGAUUAUAACAACUCUUAAAUCUAUAAUUCCUUUAGUACAACUUACAAAAUUAACUAUUGAAUCUGAUGAUUUUUCACUUGAAGAAAUUAUUGAAUUAUUACGUUUUAUACCGAAUUUAUAUGCAUUAAGAUUGAAUUUUUUAUCUAACAAGGAAACAAAUGCAAAGUUAAUCAAACAAAAUGAAAAAUUUCAAUAUGUAUCAAAAACAAAUAAAAUAAAAAAUUUAGAUCUUUGUCAAUGUUGUUCAUUGAAUCAAAUUCAAUUGAUUGUUAAUUUAUUUCCACAAUUAGAAUAUCUUAAAACUUGUAUGAAUCGAAAAGAAAUUGGACAAAUAAUAAAAUAUUUAUUAUCAAAAACUAAUAAUAAAACACAACAUUUAUUCUUUUUAUGUAUUUCACAAAUACCAAAAAUAUGUUUAAAGGAAUUAAAUGUUUUAAUUAAAUUAGAAAACUUACUUAAUGAUUAUUCUAUUAAGUUUAUUAAUAGUGAUUUAUAUUUAUGGUGGUAUAAAAAUGAAUCAGGGAAGGUUUUCUCCACUAUUGUAAGGACAAAACAUAGUGUUAUUCGGGCCGAUUAUGGGAUUGUUGAUCAAACUGAUCGAUUUCAAUCAAUUGAUGAAAUGAUUGAAAAAUUUGAUAUGCUUUAUGCUAGUUAUCAAGAUAUUCUUACGACUAUUAAAAAUUCUAAUGAAGAAUUAAAUGAUGUACAACGACAAUUAGUAUUAACUAUUGAAAAAAAAAAUAAUAAAAUAUCUUCAAUGAAUAAUCGUAUACGAGAAUUACAACAAUAUGUUAUUGAAAUUCAACAACAUAUUGAUAAAAUUCAAACUGAAAUAAAUAAUUAUCAACAAACAUCAAUAGAACAUUUAACUGAAAUUGGUAUAAUUAAAAUUGCCAUUGAAUCAAUGUUUGAUUUAGUAAAAAGAUUUAGUCAUCGUUAUAGAAAAAAAGAUUUAUAUCUUGAUAAAUAUUCACAAAUGAAUGACAAUCAAUAUUUACUUAUUAAAAUAAAACAAAUUGAUACAUUUCUUAGUGAUCUAAUUUAUUAUGUAGAUUAUGUUAAUAAUAAACAAAAUAAAAUUAUAUCAAAUAGAAAUUCAAUUAUUAAUGAUAAUCUAAAAAUUAAUUUAAAUGCAAUCACAGACAGUAUUAAUGAUAAUAAUCAAUGGCGGGGUCCAUGUCAAAUAGAUCGACAACAAACAUUGAUUACAACAAUUGAUAAACAUCCACAACAACCAUAUGUUUCAUAUAAAGUAAAUAUUUCUUAUACAGAAAGUUGCGCUGGAAAAAGUCAAAAACUUUUUAUCUCAAAUAUACUUUAA